CUGAAACUAACGAUAAAUUAAAGAUUCAAUGUGGUCCCACUGAUGACAUAAAGGUUAUUAGAGAGGCUAUUGUUAAGCAUUUUGGAAAAGAGUAUAAACCAGAAUAUCAAAGGUUAAUAUUUGGCGGAAAACAACUUGAAGAUGGCUACACACUUUUUCAUUACAACAUAAAGAAUACCAACAUCGUCCAAUUGUUCAAAAGAGCAAGUAGUGUCUUUGAGCAACCCGCCGUAUCUGUCAUGGUGUCUACACCCUCCGAACAAACCAUAGAAGCAAAACCCGCAGAACCUACAGAACCUGCAGAACCGACAGAAACUGUCGCACCAACUUCCGACAGUCUUAUGCAAGAUUCUCACAAUGAGGCUGAAGAGGGUUAUGUUUGUGAAGAGUGUAACAAUAAUUCUCGUAAAAAAUGUAAAAAUUGUGGAUGUAAUAUUUGUGGGGGAAAAGAUGACGAAGAACACACAAUUGUGUGCGAUGAAUGUCAAUAUUACUUCCAUUUUAGUUGCUUGAAUCCUCCUCUCGAAAAAUUGCCGGAGGAAGAAUAUUGGUAUUGCGAAGGCUGUAAGCACCAAGACAAAGAUGUUAUCCUAGCGGGUCAAGGGUUGGACCUUAAAAAAUCUAAAAAAUCUAAAAUGCCAUCCGCAUUUCAAACCAAGGCUUGGGGUGGUGGAAUGGCAUGCGUUGGUCUCUCUAAGAGGUGCGAAAUCGUGGAUCCCGACUACUUUGGGGCCAUUCCUGGCAUCCCGGUAGGGUCAUCGUGGAAAUAUAGAAUUAACUGUUCAGAGGCUGGGGUUCAUCGUCCCCCCGUCGCUGGAAUUGCGGGUAAAAGCACCGUUGGAGCAGUAUCGAUUGUACUUAGUGGCGGUUACCCCGAAGACGUGGAUAAUGGAUUCGAUUUUGUUUAUACUGGAUCUGGUGGUAGGGAUCUUAAAACAGGCAAUAAGCGUACAGCCGAUCAAACUUCAGACCAAGAGCUUACUAAAACCAACUUGGCUCUCGCGCUGUGUUGUGAUGCGAAGGUUGAUAAUAAAAAAGGAGUGAAGGCCAAAGAUUGGAGGAAAGGAAAACCCAUUAGAGUAUGUCGAACUGAAAAAUUAAAGAAGCAUAAUUCGAAAUUUGCACCAAAAGAAGGAAUAAGAUACGACGGCUUAUAUAAAGUUGUUAGAUACUGGCCCGAAAAAGGUAAAGCUGGGUUCAUCGUAUGGCGUUAUGAAAUGCGACGUGAUGACGACGAGCCUGCGCCUUGGACGGAGGAAGGGAAAAAACGUAUUGCCGAACUUGGAUUAACGAUGUACGUGCCAGAGGAGUUGAAGGAUGAAACGAAAAAGCGUAAAUCAGAAGAAGGUGGAUCUCCAUCCAAGAAGACGAAGGUGAAAGCUUUCAAACCGUCAGGGACAUUUAUGAAUCUCGUCAAGAAAGAUACUAAGAAUGCACGUGCAUGGGAGGUUGUAAUGGGAAAAGAUUUUUCGACAUUGGCAGAUUUCAUCUCCAUCAUCGAGGAAGAAUUUAAAUGUCCUGUUUGUAUUGAAAUAGUUCAAAAGCCUGUUACGACUCCUUGCACACAUAAUUACUGCUUUGAUUGUCUUGCGCAGUCUGUUCAAAUAUUUGGACGGAAGUGUGUACAAUGUCGUGAGGAAUUUGAUCCUAAAGAAUUUACGAUUAAUGAAGAUUUGAUUGCCGCAUUAAAAGAAGUGAUUCCUACAUAUAAUAAGGAAGAUAUAAAGAAAGGAAAAGGAAAAGGAAUCAAUUGA